AUGGCAGAUAAUGCGCCAAUUGAUAUCAUCCGCUCACACCAAGACGAUUUGGAUCGAGAGAGUGCAAAACAAGAACAAAGGCUGAACCCUCGGUCGGAACGGCCAGCCGAGGUCAACGAAGAUGAGAAAUACAAGCGUGAUGUACCCCCAGAUGGUGGCUAUGGCUGGGUCUGUGUCGCCUGUGUCUUCUGGAUCAAUGCACAUACUUGGGGUAUCAACAGCAGUUACGGUGUCUUCCUCAGCUACUACCUCUCACACAAUGUAUUCCCAAACACAUCAGCCCUAUCAUACGCCUUUACAGGUGGCCUGAGUAUCUCUUGCGCUCUUCUAGUGGCACCACUAGCCACUCAUUUCAUCCAUAUAUGGGGCACACGAUUCGUGCUAAACCUAGGCGUCUUCUUUGAAACGCUCUCCCUAAUCGGCUCCUCAUUCGCAACCCAGAAAUGGCACAUCUUCCUCAGUCAGGGUGUCUGUUUCGGCUGGGGUAUGGGUUUUCUCUUUGUAGGCAGCGUCGGCAUCGCCCCGCAGUGGUUCGAGAAGCGUCGCAGUGUAGCCAUGGGCAUCACGGCAGCCGGGUCUGGACUUGGUGGUCUGAUAUACUCGCUUUCAGUUGGUGCUAUUAUCCCACGCUACGGGCUGGGCUGGGCUUUCCGUAUUCUAGGCAUUAUUUCUUGUGUCGUGAAUCUGGUUUGCUGCAAUCUUCUCCGAGAUCGCAAUAAGGCUGUUGGCAGUCGAUUCACGGCUUUCCAUUUACCUCUUCUGCGCCGUCCUGAGUUCUUGCUUUUCUUGGGAUGGGGUGUUUUCAGUAUGCUGGGGUAUGUGGCACUGUUGUUCAGUGUUGCUAAUUUUGCUCUCUCUGUUGGUCUGUCCUCGCAUCAGGGUAGUAUUGUCUCCGCUUUGCUCAAUCUUGGGCAGGGUCUUGGUCGUCCGUUUGUUGGCAUGUUCAGUGAUCGACUUGGUCGAAUCAACAUUGCCACUUUCUUGACCUUCCUCUGCGGUUUGUUUUGUCUCGUCAUCUGGGUCUUUGCUGAUAGUAUGGGCGUCGUUUGUUUCUUCGCUGUCUUGGUUGGCACCGUUGCAGGCACAUACUGGGCCACAGUCUCCCCUGUUCUUGCAGAGAUCAUCGGCAUCAGAGAUCUCCCCUCUGGGCUGAGCAUUACCUGGCUCACGCUUGUUCCGCCAUGCACCGUCUCCGAAGCUAUUGCCCUCGAACUUCGCAGCCAUGUUACCGGCGGUGGUACUUCCUAUCUGCGGGUCCAGAUCUUCACCGGAUUUAUGUAUGUCGGUGCCUCCUUGUGCUUGUGGGUUGUCCGUGGUUGGAAGGUUGGCGAGUUGGAGCGUGCAGAAAAACGUGAUACCCAGACACGCGAGACUCCGUUAACUGAGAAUGAUGGUCGGAGUGAGAAGCAAGACCGCCCUGCAACUGUCUCCUCGGCCUCUAAAACAGGGGUGCAAGAUAUCCAGCUGUGGACUCCCGUUAGCUUGGUGCGCAGAAUGGUUGCCUUCAAACGCGUUUGA